UCAUGUGUCAAACCAAAAGUAAAUUUUCACGCAAAAUUUGUUAUUCUGGAAUUCAAUUCAAUAAAUUAGAAAAAAAUGCAGUGCAAAACAUGUGAAAUUUGAUAAAAACCACUUUGAAACCGUGUAUAAAAUAGUGAUCUUUAUGUUGCCGUGAAAAACUGCGAUUACCGUCGGCGCAAACAGUGUCAAAACAGCAGAAUAAUGUUUCGCAGUCGGAGCUGGUUCGGAGGGGGCUGGAAUCGUCCGAAAAAUCGCCUCUCGCUGGAUCACCUGAAGUAUUUGUACAGUGUGCUGGAACGGAACACCACCGUGUCGGAAAGUAACCGCGGCCUGCUGGUGGAGUCCCUUCGUUGCAUUGCCGAGAUCCUGAUCUGGGGCGAUCAGAAUGAUUCAUCCGUGUUCGAUUUCUUUCUAGAGAAAAAUAUGCUGUCGUAUUUCCUGCACAUAAUGCGCCAAAAAAGCGGAGGCUCCAGCUUUGUUUGUGUCCAGCUGCUGCAAACAUUGAACAUUCUGUUUGAAAACAUUCGAAACGAAACGUCCCUUUAUUACCUCCUUAGCAACAACCUAGUAAACUCCAUAAUCGUCCAUAAGUUCGACUUUUCCGACGAAGAUGUGAUGGGUUACUACAUACUGUUCCUCAAGACGCUGAGUCUGAAGCUGAACACGCACACGAUACACUUCUUCUACAACGAGCAUACGAACGACUUCCCGCUCUACACCGAAGCAAUCAAGUUCUUCAACCAUCCGGAAUCCAUGGUUCGUAUCGCAGUGCGCACCAUCACGUUGAACGUGUACCGUGUGCAAAAUCCGAACAUGCUGCAGUUUAUCCGGGAUAAAACCGCCGCCCCUUACUUCAGUAAUUUGGUUUGGUUCAUUGGGAAGCAUAUACUGGAGUUGGAUUCAUGCGUGCGGAAUGAUAUCGAAAAAUUGUUGAAUUUCAGCCAUCAAUCGCAGCAUCGCUUGGCAAAUCUAGUUGCAGAGCAUCUGGAUCACCUGCACUAUCUGAAUGAUAUUCUUUGUCUGGAUAUACCGGACCUCAACGCAGUGCUCACCGAGCAUUUACUUCACAAACUUUUGGUCCCGUUGUACAUAUUUUCGUUAACUCCGUCACCACCUAUUUCGAUGGCUGUGGUAACCAGGAAUCUGGCUGCUGUGCUAAACAAAGUGGUCGAUAUCGACAUCAAAGAGAUGAAUAACCCACGGGUGUCCAGCGUGGUAGCAUUGUUCUUACUGUCGCUUGUGUUUUUGGUGAUAACUCAUAGACCGCUCAUCAAUGCUUUGACCUGGGUGAUCCUGAAUGCCGACCACACGGUGUUCAAAGAAGGUGCAGCUCAGAUUCUCAAUUCGUACAUUGAAAAUCGUGAAGUUGUUGCUCUGGGAUUUGGGCAGCCUGUCGAAAGUUUGGAAGAAGCGCUGGAAAGCUCUGCAGCAUCAUCCAGUUCCUACAACUACGAUCAAAAUGUGGAAGAAGGAAACAGCAGCAGCAGUACGUCAACUAAUCAUGACCAACAGAUAUCAGAUUCACCAAGUCCUCCGACACUAUCGGACGAAAUCGAAAAGGUCAACAUUACCGACGAAGAGAAGGAAAAGCUAUUGCUCAACGCAUAUCGUACACCAGAAACCAAUCGACCUUUCCUGGAUAUGGUGCUUUCAUCCCUGGACUGUGCUGAGAACGACUAUCUGGCUCUACUGGCCCUGUGUCUACUGUACGCAUUGGCCAACAACAAAGGGGUCAAUGCAGAGUGGCUGGAAAUAGUGUUGAAUCGUUCGUCACCGUCCGGAUGCUCCAAGUACAACGUCAUACUUAUUGAAAAACUUCUACAAAUCAUCACGCUUUCCAGUCAGCCAUCUUGUCGCAUCCGAUUGGUUACGAUUGACCUAACGUUGAAAUUGCUAUCGCAAAUCAUCGGUGUUGGUACCAGCAACGUCAACAUCAACGAUCUGCAUAAGCAAACCAUUAUGUCAGCCCGCAAUCAAAGCAUGACCGUGUUGAGGAAUUUCUACAAAUCGGAAGACAUCUUUCUGGAUUUGUUCGAGGACGAGUACAACGAAAUGGUGAAGUCUGUCUUGAACGUUGAAUUUCUGUGCAACGAUUCUACCAUUCUGCUACCACCGACGGGGACGCCCUUGACGGGGAUAGGAUUUACCAGACGACUGCCCUGCGGUGAAGUGGAAAAGGCACGCCGUGCCAUCCGUGUGUUCUUCUUGCUUCGACGAAUGUGUCAAAGCAUUAACGGCGAGAAGGAACUGCUGUUGCCUCUGACGAAUCCCAAUCAGUGCGUGCAGAUCGACAAUGCUCUGGAUUUGAAUAACAGCGACUUGAUAGCCUGUACUGUGGUGAUGCGUGACGGAACCAAGUACCGUCGAUUUUUAGUUAUGCAUAUCCUCCAGCUUAUCCUGGUGGAGCCCGACAGUAAACGGUUGGGAUGGGGAGUGGCCAAGUUCGUUGGAUUUCUCCAGGACGUAGAGGUGAACGGCGAUAAGGAAGAUUCCAGAAGUCUACAUCUGACCAUCCACAGGGGUGGCGCCACCAACAACCGCACCCCAAUAUUGUCCGCCAAAUUUAUGUUCGACGAUCAUAUUCGAUGCAUGGCGGCAAAGCAGAGACUCACCAAAGGCCGCAGCAAGGCACGGCAGAAGAAAAUGUUCCAGAUUGCACAGCUGUUGGAGAUACCUGGCCAGCUGAAUGACGCCCAGUUCCCUUCAUCGGGAUCAUCGAGCUCUUCAAGUGUCGGUGGUAUGUCCAGACCAAACAGCGGAAGGCAACCAAGGGAACAUCGUCCGUUGUUUUCUACAGCGAAUCGAGUUCCGGGUGUCGCUUCCGCUUUGCGGCGAGACAGCAUGCCUUCGGGAAGCGUUAGCAGAGUGCAGCUCAACGCGAGUCGUUCAAUAGAUGGCGACUCCACGGGAGCCCGCCGGAAAAGUGCCAACCCUGUUGCGGCCGCCGCUCGUCGGGAAUCCAGUCAGCCGAUAGCGGUAAGCACGGUUAAAUCGCGUGAGACCUCUCGCAACCGGUCAGGCGGAACUCCCCGAUCACGGGAAUCCAGUCCUCGCGUACCGAGACCUCGAUCGGAGGAGAUACCGCUGGAAGACUUUCGUCGUUCGCAGAACGCAAGUCCCGUUUCGCGGAACUCCUCAAAUGCCCCAUCCCGGUCGCAUACCCCUUCUCGAUUGAUGCUUCUCGAACCAGUGGUGAUGGGGGCAGUCGUUGCAAGCGCUAGCGGUCAACACGCAGGUGGUAGUAAUGGUAAUGGCUCCAGCACCAUCUCGACGAAAGACGCCACCGUUCCAACGGUAGUCACCGUGAACACCAGCUCUACCACAAUAACCAUUCCCGUAGAGCUGAGCCCCACCUCUGAGGAAACGUCGUUCAUCGCCAACGAAGAGCGGCAGAAGAAACGGGGAGCGAUCGAAACGGUUUGAGCCGUAAAAUGAGCUUCGGAGACUGUUCCGUGGGUAGUUCAAAAUUGUUUUCGUUUUAAUUUUUAACCUAAAUGUCAGGACUAAAGGAAAAUUUUAUCAUUGUGUAACUUAUGUAGCGGAAGAGCUGAUUUAUUUAGCGGAAUAAAGAGUCUUAUUUACGUUCGUCAA